AUGCACCAGUACGCGCUGGGGGCCAUCCAGCUGGAAAACAGCUUGGCAGAAAAUGCCCUGAGGGUGCUGGUGGACACGGAGCUGAAGGUGAGCCAGCAACGUGCCUUUGCAGCAAAGGCGGCGAAUGGUGUCCUGGGGUGCAUUAGGAGGAGUGCUGCCAGCAGGUGGAGGAAGGUGAGCCUUCCCCACUGCUCAGCACCGGUGAGGCCGCGCCUGGAGUGCUGCGUCCAGUUCUGGGCUGCCCAGUACGAGAGAGAGAUGGACAUACUGGAGAGCGUCCAGCGGAGGGCCACUGAGAUGAUGAAGGGGCUGGAGCACGGCUCCUGCCGGGAAAGGCCGGGCGAGCUGGGACUGUUCAGCCUGGAGGAGGCUCGGGGAGGGUCUCGGGCAGGUGACUACGACAAGGUGAAGGCGGUGUCCGAAGGCUCGGACUGUCGGUGCAAAUGCCUGGUCAGACCCCUGGGCCGCGGCGCCUGCCAAAGGAUUAACGAAGGCACUUUCAAAGCAGAGGAUUUUUACACGGUGGAAACCAUCACGUCAGGACCCAGCUGCAAGUGUGCGUGCGUGGCCCCCCCCUCGGCGCUCAAUCCUUGUGAGGGGGACUUCAGGCUGAAGAAGCUGCGGGAGGCGGAGAGCAGCGACCUGAAGCUGUUAGGUGACUACGACAAGGUGAAGGCGGUGUCCGAAGGCUCGGACUGUCGGUGCAAAUGCCUGGUCAGACCCCUGGGCCGCGGCGCCUGCCAAAGGAUUAACGAAGGCACUUUCAAAGCAGAGGAUUUUUACACGGUGGAAACCAUCACGUCAGGACCCAGCUGCAAGUGUGCGUGCGUGGCCCCCCCCUCGGCGCUCAAUCCUUGUGAGGGGGACUUCAGGCUGAAGAAGCUGCGGGAGGCGGAGAGCAGCGACCUGAAGCUGUCCUCCAUCGUCGAGAUGCUGGAAAGUGCCUUUUAUGGCUUGGACCUUCUGAAGCUGCACUCAGUCACGACCAAGCUGGUGGGUCGGGUGGAAAAGCUCGAGGAGGGCAUGUCCAGGAACUUCACACGGGAAGGCCACCAGGCAGGAGCCAACGCGGAGGAGGGUCCGCAGGAUCCCCACCACAGGGACAGGGAGAACUGCUCCAGCCUCAUCACCAACAGCCUUGCUGACUUUGAGAGCUCACUGCAGCGGGAUGCCGAGGCUGCCUACACGCAUGUAGAGGGCAAAUAUGAAGAAAGAUUCCUGAAAGAUGAAACCAUCUCCCAGCAGAUCAAUUCUGUUGAGUCUCUCCCGGAGCUACACCUCUCUGCAGAGGACGAGAAGCCCAAGCAGCUCUUGCAGAGGAAGCUGCACGUAAGGAGCCGGCCUCCCUCCAAGCCCACCAUCGUCCGAGGGGUCACCUACUACAAAGCCCAGUCCACUGAGUCGGAGAAUGACAUCGAGGAGCAGCCAGAUGAGCUCUUCAGCGGGGACAACACAGUGGACCUGCUGAUCGAGGACCAGCUCUUGAGGCCCAGCAGCCGGGCGGGCGAGGGCAUGAGGAAACCCUCCCCAGUGGGAUGGCCACCCACCCCCGGCAGCGACCCCACCACCCCGCCAGCUGCCGACACUGCUGCAACAGCCACAGUGCCCCUGUCCCCUGCCACGUCCACGGGGCCCACGCCGGACCCCACCACUCUCCCGGCUGCCUCGGCCAGCACAGCGGUGGCCACAGCCAUGGAGAGCCUGCCCACAGCUACCAGCCCUGUCCCCAGCCCUGCUGUGGCCACCACUGCCGGGACCUCGAGUGAUGUGGGGACGAGCCCUGCCCUGGAGAGCAGCCCAGGAACCUGGGGACAGGCAAGCACCCUGGCGACACCAGUCAGCCCCACCAUCCCUGCCACACCGAAGCAGGCCCUGGAGGAGGAGGACAUCAGGAACAUCAUCGGGCGCUGCAAGGACACACUGUCCACCAUCUCGGGGCCCACCACCCAGAACACCUACGGGCGCAAUGAGGGGGCCUGGAUGAAGGACCCCCUGGCCCGGGAGGAGCGGAUCUACGUCACCAACUACUACUAUGGGAACACGCUGGUGGAGUUCAGGAACCUCGACAACUUCAAGCAAGGGCGCUGGAGCAAUUCCUACAAGCUCCCAUACAGCUGGAUCGGGACAGGGCACGUUGUCUACAACGGCUCCUUCUACUACAACCGGGCCUUCACGCGCAACAUCAUCAAAUACGACCUGAAGCAGCGGUACGUGGCUGCCUGGGCCAUGCUGCACGACGUGGCCUACGAGGAGUCCACCCCGUGGCGGUGGCGGGGCCAUUCGGAUGUGGACUUUGCCGUGGAUGAGAAUGGCCUGUGGGUCAUCUACCCGGCCAUCAGCUACGAAGGCUUCAACCAGGAGGUGAUUGUGCUGAGCAAGCUGAACGCGGCUGACCUCAGCACCCAGAAGGAGACCACGUGGCGGACGGGGCUGCGGAAGAACUUCUACGGGAACUGCUUUGUUAUCUGCGGGGUCCUGUACGCGGUCGACAGCUACAACAAGAGAAACGCCAACAUCUCCUACGCCUUUGACACGCACACCAACACGCAGAUCAUCCCCCGGCUGCUCUUUGAGAACGAGUACGCCUACACCACGCAGAUAGACUAUAACCCCAAGGACCGCCUGCUCUACGCCUGGGACAAUGGGCACCAAGUUACCUACCACGUCAUCUUUGCCUACUGAGACCCCCCACCACAGUGGGGCACCGCGAGCCAGGGGCCACCAGCACCUUUUAUUAUUAUUUUUAUUGUUAUUAUUGUUAUUUUGUACAAAUCAAAGGGUAAAUGAUGGGUUUUGUUUCAAGCUGUUUGUUUUUUUUUAAUGGUGGAUUGUAGAUCGAUCCCCAGGCCAGAACCACCCCCUUUGUCUUUGCUGUAACCUUGCUUCUG